AUGAAAAUUCUGCCUACAGAAUUAAAAUCGGCGCUAAAAUCUGUUAAAAAUUCCAGUCCAGGACCCGACAACAUUCCAAAUAUUUUUAUACAACAACUACCAAAAGCAGGAAUAAAUUAUUUAUUAGAUAUCUACAACUGCAUAUGGCUGAAUGGUGUCUUCCCUACCAAGUGGCAAGAAGCAAUAGUAGUGCCCAUUCUAAAACCUGGAAAAAACAAGCUUCGAAUCGACAGCUACAGACCUAUCGCCCUGACAUGUUGCCUAUGCAAACUGCUAGAGAAAGUAAUCUGCAAAAGACUGCGAUGGUAUUUGGAGACCAAUAACCUACUAGGAAAAAAUCAAAAUGGGUUUAGACAGUAUCGUUCGACGAUGGACAACCUUGCAAUGUUAGAUAUAAACAUUUGCGAAGCCUUCCUUAGAAAACAACAUCUAAUAGCAAUAUGCUUAGACAUUGAGAAGGCUUACGACAUGCUUUGGAGACACCGAAUAAUACAACAACUUAUAAAGUGGAACAUAAGUGGAAGCAUGAUACAAUUUAUAUACAAUUUCCUAAAAAGCAGAUCUAUAUAUGUCCGUGUCAACGGCAAUUUAUCCAAGAAAGUUGAAAUCUUAAAUGGGGUACCGCAGGGAUCUGUACUAAGCGUAAUUUUAUUCUUGAUUGCAAUAAACGAUAUCGCUGAAGUCUUCUCUAAACCAGUUAAAUACACCAUAUUCGCUGACGACUGUACCUUCUUUAUAACCGGGAAAAGUCUAAGCACCAGUCAGCAAAUCCUUCAAGACAAUUUAGAUAGACUCCAAAAAUACGCCCUACAAACUGGAUUUAAAUUCUCAAAAAACAAAACCACCGUUACAGUUUUUUCAAAACAAAGAACAACACAAAACCACCAACUACAGCUACACUUAGGCCAGCACCAACUCUUGAUAACAAGCACUCCAAAAAUCCUCGGUCUAAUUUUUGAUAACAAAUACACUUGGACGCCAUUCCUUAAAAAGCUCAAAGAAGAAUGUGUCAAGAGAUUAAAUAUAUUGAAGGUCAUCGCUUCGAAAAACUGGGGGGCUGAAUUCCAAAUUCUAAGUAAUACAUAUAAGGCCUUAGUUCUGUCUAAACUAGAUUAUGGAUCAAUCGUCUACGAUUCUGCAAAACCACGCGUUCUAAAAUUAUUAGCACCUAUACAUAAUGCCGGAGCUAGAAUAGUCACUGGAGCUUUCCGAACGAGUCCGGUAAAUGCAAUUCUAUGUGAAGCUGGUCUAAUACCACUGGAAACUCGAAGAAAACAACUGAGCUUAUCGUAUGCAGCAACCAGAUUAUCAACGCCUUCAAAUCCUAUCUACGAGAAAUUAACUAACAUCGCCCAUUUCAAUGAAUUUAAGGAAAAACCCAAACUUCCGGAACCGUUAAAUAGUAGAGUCAAAACAUACUGGCAAGAACUAAAUAUGGAUACACCAAAAAUCAUAUCAAGAAUACAGUAUCAAAUUCCACCAUGGACGAUAGAUCCUCCUUGCAUACUCGAUAAAAUUCUGAAAGCAGGCAAACAAAUUAACCCAAACGUUCUCAAAAGUCUAUAUACUGAAUUAUCGAAUGAAUACCCGUACCAUACGCAAAUUUUCACUGAUGCUUCAAAAUCAGGACAGGGGACUGGAUGUGCGGUAUGCACUCCCGAACAUGAGAUCCUAUUCAGGCUCCCGGAAACAUUCACAAUAUUCACUAGUGAAGCGUUAGCUGUUCUACAAGCCUUGAAGUACAUAGAAGAAACAACACACAAUAAAUCCAUCAUUCUAACUGAUUCUAAAAGCGUCCUACUCGCCCUACAAAAUUUGGAAACAAACAACACUGUAAUCCAAAACAUUAUUGAAUUAAAUGAAACACUUAAGCGAGACAAAAGAGAAGUGUUAUAUUCCUGGAUUCCCUCCCAUAUUGGUAUUGAAGGUAAUGAAAAGGCUGAUACAGCAGCAAAACUGGCUAGCUCCAGUACAGCUAUAACGAAAUGUGAACAGGCAACUCAUCAAGACAUCCAAAAGCAUUGCACCAAGGCGCAAACGGAAGUGUGGAAUGAAGAAUGGAGAAAUAGCAGACCAACUAAGCUACAUAAAGUUCGAAAUAAUAUACAUGACUUCAAUCCGGCGCUACUACUAAAUAGAAAAGACCAAGUGAAAAUAACCCGACUAAGAAUAGGACACUCGAACUGGACACACUCAUACCUUAUCACAAAAACCGAACCAAAUUCCUGCGACACCUAUAAUAAUGGCUCAACCAAAAAAAAAUGUAGACAAUAUAAUAUCGAAUAUUUGAAAUAUGGCUUUAUUGAGUCGCCUGUAAACAAUACAUUACCAAUGUGCCUGAUUUGCCAGAAAGUUUUAUCAAACGAAGCUAUGAAGCCUUCCAGACUACAAGAACAUUUGACUAAAAUUCAUGGUGAUAAAAAAGAUAAGGAUUUAUCUUAUUUUCGAACACUAAAAGAAAAAUUUAUGAAACUAACAUUGGCAAAACUCUUUUCAACCGCAACCACACAAGAUGACGAUGGCUUGCUUGCUUCUUACAAUAUUUCGUUAAUGAUUGCCAAAUCGGGAAAACCUCAUACUAUUGGUGAAGAACUAAUUAUACCGGCUAUAAGUGAAGUAAUACGUACUGUGCUACACAAGCCAGCAUCUGAUAUUAUCAAGAAAAUUUCGUUGAGCAAUAAUACAGUGCAAAGAAGAAUUGAUGAAAUGGCUCAAGAUGUUGAAGAUUCAUUGUGUGGCUAUUUAAAAACAUCUCGGUUUUCUAUUCAACUUGAUGAGUCAACUUUGUUAGGAAAUGAAGCUUUAUGUUUAGCAUACGUGCGGUUCACAAAGGAAGAACAAAUUUGCCAAGAAUUAUUAUUUGCUAAAUAUUUGCAAACUGAUACUAAAGGAGAAUCAAUAUUUCAUGCAUUGGAUGAGUUUUUUAAAGAAAAAGAA